CAACAAGGCAGAGAAACAGGAGCUGGCACAGAGGACUCUCACCCAACAAGAGGAAGAGGAGCUGUCAAAAUGGCACACAAUGAUGGGAACUACUUCUGAUCCCCCUGUGCUUCCCCCAGGUUUUAAAAUAUUGUCACAAUAUCAUGCCAGAAAAUGAGAAAGAUCCAGCUCAUUCUGGAAGGAUGAUGGACAAGAGCGAUGCAGGUAAAUCAUGUCUGGAGAUAAAGGCUCUCAGCGACAAGGCAAGGGCAGUAACAAUUGCAGAAAAUGUCAGAUUGCAAGAGUUGGCAGUAUUCAGCAGCUCCAAGAAAGGGUCGCCGGGCUCCAAGAAAGCAGAUGAAUGUCAUUAUGAAAGCAAAACAACAAAUACAGAAGAGGUGAACAAGGGCAUCUACUUCAGCUAUCCAAGUCGACGACAUAGCUGUUCUUUGGUAAACAUCCCUACACCAUGUGUCAGCAAAAUGAUUGCCCACAUUGAGGAGGUGGAAUCCAAAAUACAGGAGCAUUUGAAACAAUUUGAAGCUUCUUUUGAAGAAUGGUCUUCUACCACAAAAGAUGAAAAAGAAGAUUUGGAUGUCACUGCCUCAGAGAAAACAGUCCACCCAGAAAAAGCAACGGAUGAAAAGUGUCCGGAGUUGAAGAAGAAAAUGGAGACAUUGCUAUCAGAGGCCGUUUACCUCAUUAAAAGUCUGGAAACAGACAGAGCAGAAGCCGAGCAAGCUUUAAAACAACAAAAAUCAAGAAAGAAAAGGAUUAGCAUGAAAAUUGACUCUUGGUCCAUUUGGAAACUCCAAGAACUGCCAACAGCUGUUCAGAAAGAACAUGAGAUGUUUUCCAAAGACCUUGAAGAACUGCACAGCCAUCUUGAAGACACAACCCAAGAAGUGGAGCAUCUAGAGCAGCAAAAGGAGAAGCUGGAAGAAGCCAACGCCAAGAUCCAGAAGGACAUAGACUACAUGACUCACCAUGCCCCUCUGCUGGAGAUGAAGCGGAAGCAGGAGCUGGAAGCUCUGAAGGAUCGCUAUCAUAAAAAAUUUGAGGUAAUGGAACUAUUUAGAACAGUUCAUGAUGAGCUCAAAGAUUCAAUAGAACUUUGUGAAACUACAAAAUCACAGCUAAAGCACAUGAAAGAAGAGGAUGAAAAAGACAUUAUCCAAGAGGAAACAAAUAUAGAAACCUAUAAGAAAGAGCUAGAUCAGCUUAGCAGUCUGCAGGCUCACUACUCAACCUCAAUUGAGUCUGUGAACGUCCACAUUGAGGAGGAUGAGGAAACAAUGACUGAGAUGCUGAGAGAAACACAGAGCUCAACGUACGAAGUAUCCAAUUUACUGAAAAACGUAGAUGAUUUGAAGAAACUGUUUGACCAGUAUUCCUGGAGGCAAAGAAAAUUGGAAAGGCAGUACAUGGACGCACUUAAUCAUUAUUAUUCCUCGAAAAGAACAUGGGAUAUUGAGCUUUCUGACGUUUCAAAAGACUUGACAGAUGUUUCAACAAGCUACAUGGCACUGGCAGAAGAAAACAAAAGGCUCCAUUCUGAAAUUGAGAGCAUAAUAGAGGAAACUGGGGACAGUAUAAAGAAAAAAGCAGACUAUGAGGUUGAAAUCCAGUCAUUGCUAGAACUAAAGAUAAAGAAUAACAAUUACCUCAGACAGCUCUACAAGCAGGCUUAUCAAAUUGGAGCUGUUUACUAUGUAGCAAGACAUAAAACAGAGGACUUGGAGAACCAAAUAGCGGAAGUGAGAAGAAAAUUCAAGACUAGAGAGGAGUUCCUGAGGAGGCUCACACGAGGUGAAAUGGCUGCGGGGGUAGCGAUUCAGAAAAGAUUGUAUAGCAUUGAAGAAACCCAGUUCAUGGAGAUGCAGGAAUUCUUGAGGAGGAAGGCACUCUACGCUUUGGCUCUGACAGAAGUUGAGUUACCACUGCGCAAGAUAGAAGCCGAUGCUGUAAAAAUCAGACUUAUCCACCGUCAACACUCGAAUAUGCUUCAUGAGAUACGGGAGAAGCAAGAACUUGUAAGAAAGAAAGUAGCUGCAACAAAGAAAAAAUUGCAAAGAAAGAGCAAGAAAAGCCGUAAGGAACUCACAAAAACCGAGGGAAAAGGUUCAAUAAUCCAUCAAGAAAUAGAAUUCACCAGAAACAAAACAAUUAUUCUCCACGCAAAAAGCAUAGAGCUGACUAGGGAGAUAAAAAUAAUGAAACUGGAAAAGAUAAAUUUUGAAGACAAACUUGAAAAGUUGAAGGAUGAGUUCAUCAAGCUGAGAUUCGACAAGGAACACUCACAGGGUGUGUUUGACCACCUCAAGCUAGAGAAGCAGCACUGUGAGGAGAGGAUCUUUGAGGAGGACAAGAUGUUCAGGAAGCUUGUUGAAACAAGACAGAGCACCCUGGCUGAAAUCCGGAAACUUCAAGAAGACUCACUGGCAGAAAACUUACGUUUAGCCAUGGAGUAUCAAGCCAUGCAGACUCUUUUCUUAAAGGAGAAGGACACCUACUUCAAUGGCUAUGACAGACUGCUGUCACUGAAUGCUUCACUUUGUGACAAGAAAAAGCUCUGUCAGCUGCAAGACAAGCUGGACAAGCAAUGGCAGGAAUACUUCAGACUGGUGAUCCUUUUUAACCAGAACCGGCUGGAGAAGUUCCAGGGAGACUCCCAGGACAGCAUUCAGAAAAUAUUACAAGUGCAGGCGGAAUCUUCGAGUCUAAUGCAACACAUCUUAGAUUUCUUCCAGACUUUGACAGAUGGUUCAUGUGGAAAAGAUGGUUAACCAAACAACCAAUGUGUCUUGGAAGCUGGAAUAAAAGACAGGAAAAGUCGCACAGUUCAGAUAACAGUGUAAUUGGACAUUCACCUGUUUGCCAUUUCACACUUCCAUGGACGAAAAACUCACUCACCUCCCAGCAUGCUUUGCCACUCUCUUACUUACAGCAAAUCCAUAACAAUGAAACAGGUGACUUUCAUGCUGCUGUCAGGAACGAUCUAAUUUCAGCUCUGGGUGACUGAUUGCAAUUGGCUUUGCCUCAUCUGAUAAUUAAUCUAUGUCACCAUUAAUUGGAAGAGAGAAUAAUUACUGGCGGUGUUGACAGUGACUGCUGGCUUCCCCAGAUUUCCCCAUCGUGUUGGCCCAAAUAAAGGCUUUGCGAGUCAGUACUUAAAGUUUGUGUAAACUGUAACAGUGCCUAUCCCCAUGUGACACUCUGUCUAAUACACUUUUGUUUUUGUGUUUACCAAUCUUUUUUAGCUCACUGAGAGCUGUCUCUCUCAAUCACUCCUCAAUGUUCUAUCUUAAUUUUGUGGAAGUUUAAAGUUUUCAAUGAGCUGGAGAUGAAUGAUUAAUGAAUAAAUUUAAAUGCUUCAUUUUGUCCAUG